AUGUCUAGUCGAGAGCAACCCGCCGUCCCAAGGGCCAGUCUUUUGGGACUGCCUCUUGAGCUGCGCGAGCAGAUCUACCACGAAUACUUCACAGUCAAUGGUGGCUAUGUUUACGAUACAGAUUCCGGUAAACUUGUACAGGCCAACAGUCAGCCGAUUGACCUAUCGCUACGGUACACCUGCCGUGCAAUCGCACACGAAACCGGGCAGUAUCCGUUCACUCUCAACGCGAUUACAUUUUCGACUCUUUACAGGGAGGACUGGAGAAAACAAGCCAUAUGGGCUGACUACAUCAUGGAUCAUCACACCUCGUUCCAAGGUGCCAUGCUUGCUCGGCUGAAACGACGUAUUACACCCGAGAUGUACGAGGAUCCUGAUCAAAAGUAUUCUCAGUACAUUCCCGUCAUUAGAGAACGUCUAGCUAGAAUCAUAGCCUCCUGGGACCGUGCCAGGGACACGGUCCCUGACGAUGCGGAGGAGUCGGAGGAUUCCCGCGCAUUCAAGGCCCUCCGAGAGUUGAGACAGCCAGGUACCAGCGGGAGAUGGUGGGGUUCCACGGUCAUAAGCCAUAGUGAAACAGAUAAGACUAUCUUCUUUUCACGCGCGGCUGACUAUCUUCUACGGCGGGUGGCAGAGAAGGCCCCCCGGGAGUUUUCACAAGCUAUUGAGGAGAUUCUACCCGGCUGGGCUGAUUCACAUACUGUCUUGGAGUUCUUCAACCUGACCUUUGAUCCAUGGGCAAUACCACAGGUGUAUCAAUUGAGGGAGAAACUACCUGGGUAUACUGGUCCCGAGUACCAAUACCAGAAGAAGAUUCGGCUCUCUGCUGCCGCUGUUGCCAUUAAGUUCCUGGGUCAAAUCUCUCGGCAACAGAGACUCUGCAUAUCAAACCUCAUUUUAAAUGAAGAUAGGAAGGCUAUUAGCAGUCCUGAGUGCCAUGUCCUUGGUUUAAUCCCAUUCUUCCGAGAGAAUUCAAAGCUGAUAGUUGAACACCGGCUUAACCUAUGGCGAAACAUCCUACCCAAAAGUGCCAGGCUGGAUCGCUUCGCGAUGGCGUUAGAUGACCAAGGCCUUGACCUUCAGGGAUGGGAAGGUCCUCAAACGCAUCAAGUCCGGUCCUCUGAAAUCGCCAAAGGUGUCACCAAUAUCAUCAUGCAUAUCUCGAAAGCCUUGACAAAAGGCCUGCCUUCAAGGUCUUACUCUCUCACCAUUGACGGCGAUCCUGACUUGAACCAUGCAACUCGAUUCUUUUCCACAAUUAUGAAGCCUUUUAUCGUCUGGCUGACGGCCCAUUCGGACUGCGUCGCCCAAGGUCUUCUUUUGCCACCGGAGCAUUGCAACUAUCCAUUUGACACCAGAAACUCGGGCAAAGAGACGACAAUUCUGCGGUCGAACUUCACUCUUGACCAACCCUGGAAUUACGGCCAGAUCAUCGAAGAUAGCGAAUACCGCAUCAUUGGCAGGUCAUUGAGGUCAAUGAUGGAUUGCUCCGGCGGAUUUGAACCUGAAAUCGUCGACGUUUCCACUGAUAUACUCGACUGGAUGGAGAUCAAGAGAGAGAACUUCCUUAGAGAAGAGGUACCAAAGGACGUGGAUGGAGAGACCGCGGCUUAA